CAGAACUCGCAGCGCAUGAUUUCGAACAUCAACGUCCUUGACGUAAACUACGCCGGAGAAGCAUCUCGCACAAAAUACACAGCCAUAUUCGCCCUGAAGUAGCUGUUUAUUCGUUUUAUGAUAGUGGAAAAUAAGUAGGUAAGAUGUACGCUGUGAUUUGGUGAAGCUCGGCGUAGUAUGGAGAUAAACGGAAACCCUUGAACAGCUGAUAGUCUUUACAUUGGACGUUGUGGACGAGUGACUGAUCCUGCGCAGCUCAGCCAUGGUUCGGGAACGGGUGGUGCAGAAGAAGUCCUUCCAGCAGAGUCUGGACGACAUCAAGGACAAAAUGAAGGAAAAGAGAAACAAACGUCUCGCUAGCGCCUUAGCUGCCAGCCGCGGCCUGUCCAAACUGAAGAACAAAAACACAGCUACAGUGAAGCCGUUUGUGCUGAAGAGCGUCCAGGUGAAUAACAAAGCUCUUGCAGUAGCCCUGCAGACCGAGAGGGAGAAGGUACGGCAGGCGCAGGGGGUCAUCCUGCAGCUCAAGAAAGAAAGGCAAGCGCUCAUCUUCCACCUUCUGAUGUUGAAAAGGACGCUUAAAGAUCGAGGACCUGCUGAAAAUGCCCAGGUUUCUCCUCCUGUUGAGACGAGUCCACCAAGUCCACCUCGGCCUAUCAGUCCUAGACCAGUACAUGUGGUUGAGGCUGAUAUCCAGGAUCAUCACCCAGCAGAAACACCAUUUAUUGCAGAGGCUGUUUCGGGUUGUCGCAGUGACAGACAGGUUUCAUUGCCCCCCACAGUAGGAACAAGGCGAAAGAGACGCUCUGAGAUUGUGAGGAGGCGAAGCUCACGUUUGGACUCUGGUUCUGUUGAGAAAUCUGACACAUUAGAUGUGAAAAGAGAAGAGAAUAUUGAUAACAGACAAGGGGUGGGGCAAAACACACCUUUGGAUGAGGUGUGUAAUGAACAGGAGGAGAUUAAUGAGGAACAAGCUGGACUAAAAACAGGGUUCGACCUAGAGAUUUCUGAACUCCCAGCCGUUCAGCACUCAACGCCUGAGCGCCCCCAGCGGCUCGCCAGACAGCCUAAGAAGAAAGCUACUCAAGCCGCUCCCCGACCCAAACCAGAGAGGGGACGCAAACCAGACCGAGCCCCGUUGAAGAAACCAUGGGAGAACUCCAAACCCCGUGCUCGCUCCAAGAGCCGAGACCGAUCUCAGAGUCGUGCAAGAGCGGCGCUUCCAUCUGGCGAUCGCCUCAACUCCUCAUUGGGUGGCAAUGACACCUUUGACUUCGACUGUGAAGAGGCCAUCCAUCUAACGCCUUUCAGAGCAGGAAACAAAGCUGCGGAGAAACCAUCACCUGAUGCUCUGAAAAAAGAGGAUGAGGGACUGCCAAGUCCUAUUGUUAUGGAAACCAAUAACAGCGUUUCAGAAGAUGAACAGGAUGCAGAUGAUUCCCCUUACAUACCGAAGAGGAGAUCCAGAAGAGCACGUAGUCCACCACCAAGACGGGCUCGCUCUAAAAGACGGUCUGUUCAAGAAGCUAGGGAAAACAGAGGAAAAGAAAAUGCUUCCCAAAAGCAGGACAAUGUUGAAAUACAGCAUUUGGAAGAAAGUAGGCCUGAAACUGAAGAAAUUGGCUUGCAUCUCAGCGAUGAUCUCGACCCGGGCCUUCUGCUCCCGCAUUCACCAGUUUGUGUUCUUGCUGAGAAUCCCAUCCAGUCAGAACCAAGCCCAGAGAUCUGCCAAGCACCACCUUCUGCUGAUUCAGUGGAGUCUCCGAUCCCGAUUACUCCUGGUGGUGAGGCGGAGCUUAUGAUGAUUGACUGCCCAAUAUUUGAAUUUCCAAAGCGCCCUAGCAACUCAUCCAACCAGGAAAAUGAAAUGCCCUUGGUGAAUAGAGGCAGAAGAAAAGGUGGGCUGGUUGUUCGCUCCUUUCUAGGCUUGGGUUUGAGUGAUGUGACAAAUCUCUCCCCCGCAGCCUUUCAGAAGCCCAUGUCUGCGCAAAACACCCCUCAAAGCUCCGCUCGUAAGCGCCGCUGUACGAGUACUGUCAACUACAAGGAGCCGUCGAUCAACUCGAAACUUCGACGUGGUGACAAAUUUACAGACACCAGGUUCCUGCGUUCCCCCAUCUUCAAACAGAAACCCACUUCCCGUCGGAGCUCACUUAAAAAGAUGGAAUUAUAUAAUGAGUCUUUUGUGGGUUGUCGCUGAAUAGAUGAUGAGACUAAACAGGCCUUUGUAACAAUUUCUGCUGAACCUCAUAAAAUUACAGUGCUGUCUGUCUAAACUGCAUUAUUUUUUGCUUUUGAUUUUUAACUGUCUGUUACGUAAUUGAAUACAUUGUUUUUGAAUCUCAUGAUUUUAAUUGUGAAUAUUAAUAAAGUUUGUCCUUUUAAUUA